AUGGCAUGCUUUGCAAUAGCGAUCAUCACCAAGCUAGCGAGUUAUUUUUCGACUUGUAUGAGCUCGGCGGAUAGCGUUCAGCUUGCUGGAGGAGCCUUUGGCUGGAGGCACGCAAUGGGUUUCUUGAAGGAUCAUCAGAACUAUAUCAGAGAUCUAAGGUACCCGCCAAAGUUCCAAGUAGGCUGUGACAAGGGCAAUUCUAAUUGUGAUAGUGAGAGAGAUGCACAUGGCAUUCACAGGCUGCAAGUUUUCACUGCUUCACUUGUUCUCGUGACAAGUCCAGUUUUUGCACAACCACUUCUCGUUGACUUUCGCCUCCCACUCUCUACGAGAGAUAUGAUGCUACACCUCCUCGAGAAAGUGUGGAAUGAGAAGGGCGAGUUACGCAGAAGCGGCAUCACCGAAAAAAGGCUUCACCGAGACUUGAGCGCACUAAUGGGACAAAAGUUCAUGCUCCAUGCGUCCUCAGUGAUCAACGAUGAGCUUGCGCGAGAGAUUUUCAUCCCGAAAACCUCUGGCAAGAUAAGCUCAGACAUGAAAUCCAUCGCAUCAGGUUCAGAGAGGGAUGUGGAAAUCCGCCUCUUUUCCUUUUUGCGACGAUUGGUGGGAAAUAUAGCCGUAAGAGCGAUUAUGGGUCUUGCUUUCACCACCAAUAACCCAAAUUUCGUUGACAAUCUCUGGGAGAUUGACGCCAAUGUGAAGCUUUUGCUGUUAGGGCUAGAGAAACUUCCUUUACCGACCGCACGAGCGGUCAGGAAAGCAAGGGACGAGGUGGUCAGGGCAACAUUGGAGCACCACAAGGCUCUGCUUGUAGGCGAUCAAGGGGAACGCUCCACCUUUGGGGAUUUAUCUGACGUUAGUGACAUCUGCAAGACGCUCCUCCAGGGGUGGGCAGAAUUGGGCAUCUCGACCGAAUCAUGUGCAUCGACCACAUCAGCAAUUCUCUGGGCCGCCAACAUCAAUACCGCACCAAUAGUGUAUUGGAUGAUCAGACACCUCUUCCAACACAGGAAUGUCUUGUGCCAAAUACGCAGUGAGGUGGAACCUUAUGUCCAGCACAGCUCAGAUCAAGAUCCUCAGAUCCGCGUGGACAUAGAAGCACUGACUUCUCGUUGUUCCCUCCUUAGGGCGGUCUUUCUGGAAACCCUUCGGAUGGAAGCACACACUUUUUCGCUGAAAAUGGUGACAGAAGAUUGCACUGUCUUUCCCUAUCAAGCUCGAGGAGGGGCGGAACAAUUUCCGCUAAAAAAGGGAGAGAUUGUAUGUGUUGCGCAUGGGGCGCAUCAAAUGGACCCGGAGUACUUUCCUGAAUCCUGUGAUUUCAACCCCCUUCGCUACGAGGAACGAACAGCGGGCGGUAAAACUGAUCAUCCUAGGACGUCGUAUGGAGAUAUGUUCGUUUUCAGUGGCGGGAAAGCAUUAUGCAAAGGCCGCGCUUUUGCCCAUGCUGAAGUUUUAGCAGUUGUUGCCGCAUUCGUCAUCUCCUGGGAAAUCGCUCCAAUGGAUGAAACUCCACAAUGGCGUAAGACCGACCGGGUAAGCACCAGUGGGGCUUAUCUUCCAAUGGAGGAUCUCAAAGUUCGACUGCAAAGACGAAUAGCUUGGGGUGAAUGUCGACAUUAA